AACUCGUUGGCUCGGACACGAAGCAAACACCUUGCCGUCCUCGGAAGCUUGAUCUCGGGGGAUCGCGGGGCGAGGAAGCGUGGGAGUGAGACGGAAGGAGGGAGAGAGAGAGAUGGGGUUCCUUUUCCGGGUUAGGAUGGCAUCCUUCUUCGCCGGCGCCGCCACGGCGUCCUUCGCCGGCUUCUAUCUCCUCUACAAGGACUACAUGCUCGCUCAAGAUGCCAUUCGCCGACAGGUGAAUGCUGUUUAUCAAACCGUCGAUGAACGCUAUGAGUCACUAAACAAGCGCAUAACAGAUUUGGAGAAUCAGAAGGCUGCAGCAGCAACAGAUAAAAUGCUAGAGGUGUCAGAUUAACUACGAAUUGGCGAUGCCUCUUGUUUCUUCAUUGUAAGCAUAACAUGCUAGAUUCUUCGAGUUGGGGACGAGCAAAAGAAGUUGAGAACGAUACUCUUGAUGCUUUUUGCAAUAAUGUUAACUGAGCUUUAAUUUUUUUUUUAAAAAAUCUUCUGGUGUUGCAAUUUUUUCUGCAAACUGUUUCAGUUAACAAACUUCUUCACACGAGUGUUUCUGAUCACUGUCACUUGUGUUUGUUCUGUUUUACCAUCAUCUUAUAAAUUGUGUUAUUUUACUGAAA